UUGAGUACAUGAUCCUCGCUACAAUUAUCGCCAACUGCAUCGUCUUGGCCCUGGAGCAGCAUCUGCCCGCCAGCGACAAGACGCCCAUGUCCGAACGCCUGGACGACACAGAGCCCUACUUUAUUGGAAUAUUCUGUUUUGAGGCUGCCAUUAAGAUCAUCGCCCUGGGCUUCGCAUUUCACAAAGGCUCCUACCUACGCAACGGCUGGAAUGUAAUGGACUUCGUGGUCGUCCUCACGGGAAUCCUGGCCACGGUGGGUUCGGACUUCGACCUGCGAACACUGCGAGCAGUGAGAGUGCUGAGACCCCUGAAACUUGUGUCAGGAAUCCCCAGUCUCCAGGUGGUAUUGAAGUCCAUAAUGAAAGCCAUGGUUCCUCUGCUCCAGAUCGGCCUGCUGCUUUUCUUCGCCAUCGUCAUGUUUGCCAUCAUCGGGGUGGAGUUUUACAUGGGCAAAUUCCACACCACCUGCUUCAAGAUAGAGACUGGUGAGCGAGCAGCAGACUGGCCUUGUGGUCUGGAGGCUCCGGCCAGGACGUGUCCCAACGGGACCCAGUGCAGAGAGUACUGGACUGGACCCAACUUUGGCAUCACCAACUUUGACAACAUCCUGUUUGCAGUGCUCACUGUGUUCCAGUGCAUCACCAUGGAGGGCUGGGUGGACAUCCUCUACAGCACCAAUGAUGUAGCAGGAAACACCUGGAACUGGCUCUACUUCAUCCCUCUCAUCAUCAUCGGCUCCUUCUUCAUGCUCAACCUGGUGCUCGGUGUCCUCUCUGGAGAAUUUGCCAAAGAAAGAGAGCGUGUGGAGAAGAGGCAGGAGUUCCUGAAGCUCCGGAGGCAGCAGCAGAUCGAGAGAGAGCUCACCGGGUACUUGGAGUGGAUCUGCAAAGCAGAGGAGGUGUUGCUGGAAGAGGAGGAUGAGAUUGCAGAGGAGAAGUCCCCGCUGGAUGGUGCGUGGUACAAGAGGAAACAAAACCUUCCAGUCCUGAAAAGAGGCAAAGUCAAGAAAGGUAUAAACGACCUGAUCGGCGAUGAGGAGGGUGAGGAUCCUUUUGCAGACAUCUCCUCCAUUCCUCCUCCUGGCUCUCCGUUUGGUCGGGCCAGCAUGAAGAGCAGCGGUAAGAUGGAUAGCUCCUCAUACUUCCGGCGUAAGGAGAAAAGGACCCGCUUCUUCAUCCGCCGCAUGGUGAAAGCUCAGAGCUUCUACUGGAUCGUUCUGUGUCUGGUGGGCCUCAACACUCUGUGCGUGGCCAUAGUCCACUACGACCAGCCCGAUUGGCUCACAACGGCCCUCUACGCGGCCGAGUUUGUGUUCCUGGGUUUGUUUCUGACUGAGAUGUCCUUGAAGAUGUACGGCCUUGGAGCGAGGAAUUAUUUCCACUCCUCCUUCAACUGCUUUGAUUUUGGGGUGAUUGUGGGAAGUAUUUUGGAGGUGAUCUGGGACAUGAUCAAACCCGGGGCCUCGUUUGGAAUCAGUGUGCUGAGAGCUCUGCGACUGCUCAGGAUAUUCAAAGUCACCAAGUACUGGAACUCAUUGAGGAACCUCGUGGUGUCCCUCCUCAAUUCCAUGAAGUCCAUCAUCAGCUUGCUCUUCCUCCUCUUCCUCUUCAUCGUGGUCUUUGCUCUGCUGGGCAUGCAGCUCUUCGGAGGACAGUUUAACUUUGAAGAAGAGACGCCAACAACAAACUUUGAUACCUUCCCAGCGGCCAUUCUCACUGUGUUCCAGAUUCUGACUGGCGAGGACUGGAACGCCGUGAUGUACCACGGGGAUCGAGUCUCAAGGGGGCGUUCGUCGAGGCAUGUUCUCCUCCGUCUACUUCAUCGUCCUCACGCUCUUUGGAACUACACCCUCCUGAAUGUCUUCUUGGCUAUCGCCGUCGACAACCUCGCUAAUGCACAGGAGCUGACUAAGGAUGAAGAGGAGCAGGAGAAGGCGGCCAAUAAGAAGCUUGCCCUGCAGAAAGCUUUGGAGGUGAAGGAAGUCAGCCCGAUAUCUGCAGCCAACAUCUCAAUCGCUGCUUUUGUAAAGCAAAAUCGAGAGGCACUCUCUCGCAAGUCGUCCAUCAACAGCAUUCAGUCACCUAAGGAGCAGCAGCGCUCCGCAAAGGCCAUGUCAGUGUGGGAGCAGAGGACCAACCAGCUAAGGAGACACAACGUACGGACGAGCAGCGAGGCUUUGUUCAACGAGCUCGACCCGGAGGAGCGCCUCCAGACGUCCUCCACCCUCCAUCUGCACCCGGACAUGAAGACUCACCUGGACCGGCCUCUUGUGGUGGAGGCCAAGAACGGGGACAAACCCGGCAGGUCACCCGAAGGAGCGUGGAAGGAGUCGGGGGAUCCCCGGCAGCAGGACGGGGUGGGAGACAACUUCCACACGCACACCAGGAAGCACCACCGGCACCGCGACAGGAACGGGGAGAGCAGGGAGGGGGGCGAAGGCCGGGGAGGGAGGCACCACACCCAUCACAGCCGGAGCAGAGAUCACAACACCGACGGUGCCCAGAUAAGAGAGAGGAGAGGGGAGAGCAGCCACAGCCGCGACGGAGGGCAGGGACACCGGCAACACCACCAGGCCGGCUCCCCUGAGGAGGAGGCCAAUGACUGUCGAGGAGGAGAAGAGAGGGGCCACCGCCACCAUCACUCCCAUCGUCCGCCAAAGGAGGGGAACGGGCUGAUGGCGAAUGGCGCCCAGGGAGAGCGCAGGGGGAGGGGUGGAGGAGGAGGAGGGGACAGUAAUGGAGAGAGGAAGGGACGCUGCUCCCGUAUGGUCAGAGCUCAGUCUACUCUGGAUGGAGACGACUGUAAGAGGAACAAGAAUGGAACCAAAGGCCACAGGGAGAGGCAGCCGGAUUCUGAGGAGGAAGGCCUCGCCUCCAGUCCUCUGCAGCCAAUGCGGAGCACCUUGAGUCUUGGAGAAAAGCAAGAGGAUGCUGACAACCAGAAGAACUCCACCAGGGCCAGCCAGGCCGGCCUCAACAGCAGCGCCAUCCUCAUCCCCGUCACCAUCACUGCCCCGCCCGGAGAAACCACCAUCAUACCCAUGAACAAUAUUGACUGCGACAACUUCCGACUUGGUGAGGAGAAGAAAGACCUGGAGGAGGAUGAGGAGGAGGCAGCUAAUGGGCCUCGGCAGAUCCUUCCCUACAGCUCCAUGUUCAUCUUCGGGCAAACAAACCCUGUGCGUCGGCUGUGUCACUACGUGGUGAACCUGCGCUACUUUGAAAUGUGCAUCCUGAUGGUCAUCACCAUGAGCAGCAUCGCCCUGGCAGCCGAGGACCCCGUGCAAGCCAACGCGCCGCGCAACAACGUUCUCAAGUAUCUGGACUACGUCUUUACGGGGGUCUUCACUUUUGAGAUGGUGAUUAAGAUGAUCGACUUGGGACUGCUCCUCCACCCGGGCGCUUAUUUCCGUGACCUGUGGAACAUUCUGGACUUCAUAGUGGUCAGCGGAGCCCUGGUGGCCUUUGCCUGCUCAGGGACGAAGGGCAAGGACAUCAACACCAUCAAGUCCCUGAGGGUCCUCCGAGUCCUGCGGCCACUCAAGACCAUUAAACGUCUUCCCAAGCUGAAGGCGGUGUUCGACUGCGUCGUGAACUCUCUGAAGAACGUUCUCAACAUCCUCAUCGUCUACAUGCUCUUCAUGUUCAUCUUCGCUGUUAUCGCCGUGCAGCUCUUUAAGGGCAAGUUCUUCUACUGCACCGACGAGUCCAAGGGUCUGGAGAAAGACUGCAGGGGUCAGUUUCUGGAUUACGACAGGGAUGACGUGGCAGCUCAGCCCAGAGAGUGGAAGAAGUACGAGUUCCACUACGACAAUGUUCUCUGGGCCUUCCUGACGCUCUUCACGGUGUCCACGGGGGAGGGCUGGCCACUGGUCCUGAAGCACUCAGUGGACGCCACUUAUGAGGACCAGGGCCCCAGCCCAGGCUACCGCAUGGAGACGUCCAUCUUCUAUGUGGUCUACUUCGUGGUGUUCCCCUUCUUCUUCGUCAACAUAUUCGUGGCUUUGAUCAUCAUCACCUUCCAGGAGCAGGGGGACAAGGCCAUGUCGGAGUGCAGCCUGGAGAAGAACGAGAGGGCUUGUAUUGACUUUGCCAUCAACGCCAAGCCGCUGACGAGAUACAUGCCGGAGAACAAGCAGUCCUUCCAGUACAAGAUGUGGAAGUUUGUGUGUCGCCCCCCGUUCGAGUACGCCAUCAUGACUUUAAUAGCCCUCAACACAGUCGUGCUGAUGAUGAAGUUCUACGGAGCUCCUGACCUGUACGAAGUCAUGCUGAAAUACUUGAACAUCGUCUUCACAGCCCUCUUUACACUGGAAUGCAUCCUUAAGAUUAUUGCCUUCGGUCCACUGAAUUACCUGAAAGCCGCCUGGAACGUGUUCGACUUCGUGACCGUGCUCGGAAGCAUCACAGACAUCUUGGUCACAGAGAUUAAGGACAAGAUGAUCAACCUGAGUUUCCUCAGGCUGUUCAGAGCGGCUCGUCUCAUCAAGCUGCUGCGGCAGGGCUACACAAUCCGCAUCCUGCUGUGGACCUUUGUCCAGUCCUUCAAGGCCCUGCCGUAUGUCUGCCUGCUCAUUGCCAUGCUGUUCUUCAUCUAUGCCAUCAUCGGAAUGCAGGUCUUUGGAAACAUCAAGCUGAACGAGGAGACGGCAAUAAAUCACCACAACAACUUCCAGACGUUUUUCCAGGCCUUGACUCUUCUCUUCAGGAGUGCGACAGGCGAGGCGUGGCAUGAGAUCAUGUUAGCUUGUCUCAGUAACCGGCCGUGUGAUAGCCUCUCAGGAACCACAGGGAAGGAGUGUGGGAGUGACUUUGCCUACUUCUACUUUGUCUCCUUCAUCUUCCUCUGCUCCUUCCUGAUGUUGAACCUGUUUGUUGCUGUCAUUAUGGACAACUUUGAGUACCUGACGAGAGACGCCUCCAUCCUGGGACCUCAUCACCUGGACGAAUACAUCCGCGUGUGGGCAGAGUACGACCCUGCAGCCUGCGGCCGCAUGACUUACCGCGAUAUGUACGAGAUGCUUCGCGACAUGUCCCCUCCGCUAGGUUUGGGGAAGAAAUGCCCUCAUCGAGUCGCCUAUAAGCGAUUGGUGAGGAUGAACAUGCCCAUUGCGGAGGACCGGACGGUGCAUUUCACCUCCACGCUGAUGGCCCUGAUUCGCACAGCCCUGGAGAUCAAACUGGCAUCUGGCGUCCUGGCGCAGCAUUUGUGCGACGCUGACCUGAAGAGGGAGAUAAGCCGAGUCUGGCCCAGCCUGUCGCAGAAGACCGUCGACCUGCUGGUGACGCCCCCUAAAUACAACGAGCUGACCGUGGGGAAAGUCUACGCAGCUCUAAUGAUCUUUGACUUCUAUAAGCAGACUUGUGCCAAGAGACUCCAGCAGCAGCAUUCAGGGGGACAACAGAGUAAACUGGGGGCGUUGUUCCGUCCCAUGCUGGCGCUCCCUCAUAUACAGGAAGUAGAGCCAUCGAUCUGCAGCCCCAAGCAGCCCCUCCCGCCUGAGCCAGAAGCCAAGCCAGAAGCACUGCCCACCACCAGCAUCCCCUCGGUGAACAGGGACACGAUACUGAACCAGAGAAGUGCCAUCAAACAUUCCCAGUCGGGAGAUGUCUCUCAGGCGACACAACAGAGGCCCAAAGUCCGGAGGAAACUACAGAGAGGCCAGUCAGAGGACGUGCCGUGUUCCCCCCGGCCUCAGCAGGAAUUUGUCGAACUGAAGCAAGUGGAGGACAUAUCAGACACGGAGGAAUAUCCAAGCCUGGAAGGCCACUGCAGAGCGGCUUCUCUGCCCCGACUCAACGCUGAGUACUACCGGAGCCACCCUCGCCACGUCCCUGGGACCCACCUGGCACCGAUCGUUGACCUCAGUCCCAUCAGGCGCUCGGCAUCCUCGCUGAUGCCGCAUCGCUACCAGGAGGUCGGUCUGUCAGAGUAUGACCUGGAGCGGCCCGACUUGGCCCAAGACGAGGGCCAGGACAGAGCCCAGCACCAUCACCACCACCACCGCUGCCACAGACGGAGGGACAAGGACAAAGACAAGAAGCAGAAGUCCCUGGAUAGAGCUGCGUCAAUGCAGCCGUCCAGCACCGUUGACUCCUUCACCGACCCCUCAGCGGAAGGUCUGUCCAGAGAACGGGCGAGGGAGCGGGACCGCAGCCGGCCUCAUGAGCGGAGGCACCACUCCUCGGCGGGAGAGAAGCAGCGCUACUACUCCUGCGACCGCUACGGCAGCCGGGAGCAGUGUCACACCAAGUCCGCCGGGCCCAGUCGGUCCACGUCUCCCGGAGAGCGACAGGACGCAGUUUUCGUCAAGCAGCACGGUAGCAGUGUGGUCAAAGCUGGCCCUGGAACGCUGCCCUCUGGUUCAAGCACUCCAGGCCGCGGGCGCAGGCAGCUCCCACAGACGCCCCUGACCCCGCGCCCUGCCGUGACCUACAAGACCGCCAACUCCUCGCCUCUCCAGUCCGGUGCCAGCAGCGCCGCGACGGGCCACCAGACUCGCGUCAGCCGUGGCUUUUCAGAGCACGAGCGCUUACACUGGGGCCACGACGAGUCCCCGAUACCGGUCACACGCAUCGGUUCGGACCCUAAUUUAAACCGCCAGUCGCAGGUCGCCUCUCGACAGGCCCUCCUCGUCGAGGACUUCCAGGACACUGUGAGCAGCCACGGAGGGGGGCGCUCCGCCAGAACCGCCACCUCCACCACAGCCGCCUCAACUUCACAUGAGACGGCCGCUGCGCCCGUCACAGCGGCCGGCGCGCAGGGGAGGGCGGGGGCGGUUCCCAACGGGUACCACUUCACCCUCGGGGUCAACUCUGCGUCCGGGCCUGGGAGCCGAGGAACAGGAAGUCUCAGGGAGCGGGAGGAAGAGGACUGGUGCUGAUUGAGGACGGGCAGCUCGUCGAGUGUUGUACGGCCCUCAUGUCCGGUCCAAGGAGCCGAUGGCAGCAGAAGGGAAGACAUUGAGGAAAAAGCCAGUGGAAAGAGCUGUAAACGGGGAUCCGAAAUCAUUCCAGCUUUGUAGUGUUACUUUUUUAUACAACAAACUUUGAAGGAAAACAAUACACUGAUGACUCUUUCUACCCCUUUUACUUGCACUGAAAUCAUAGCACCUGUGAAGACCCUCGAGUAUUUUUGCCUUGGCCAGUAAAAUCAGUGAAGGAAGAAGAUAAAAAACAAAACCUCCUCAUUCUUUGAGUGGAACUAUGAAGUGUGUUUCAGACGGAUCUGAAUGCCCCGGUCCUGGUGGUAAUACGGCUGCUCAGGGCGCUGUUUUUAUUUUUGUAUGUUUCAUUUUGUUUGGGUGAGAGAAGAGCUUCAACUUGGUCAUGUUUUUGCUUUCUCAAAAUCAUCGUUUCUCCAUCGGCUUUUACUUCGGGGUAAUCCUCAAAUUCUGACCACAGCAGAUUAUUAGGAACUAUUUUAAGUUCGUCUUAAACUUCCACCAUGACAACUAAGGGACGCAGUGAGUAAUGUGACAGAAAUAAAACAAAAGGAGGUGUUAGAAGGGAACUAGAGGCCAGUUCUCAUAAUCACUUUCUUUUGUAAAUUGUACCACAUGUACAUUUUUGGAGUGCACAUGGGGAUGAGAUAACUCCCUCUUGACAUUAUGUGUCUGAAUACUAAGUGCCUCUUUUUCCAAGAUGUAUUAAGAUGCAGCCUGGUCAGAUGGACUUGAAUAUACAGUAGAGGAUGUAUGUAUUUACACGGCUGAGAAAAAGUGUGGAGAACAAAGUUUGAAUCUGGUAUAAUGGACAGAAUGCAAAAAAAAAAAAACGAACACUUUUUUGUACUGAAUCUUGUCGUAGGUGUGUCAGAAUUACAGAUCCAAAGUAAGCAAUGUAGUGCAUGCCGGGGUCUUGAACUUGUCGAAAAAAAAUUGUAUCUGUACUUUUGCUUAAGGGUGUGUGGUAAGCAUUUGCCUUUCUCUUUCAAAUAUACUGCCAGCCAGUUGGUAGAAAUGGUCUCUGAAUGCAGAAAAGUGCCAUUUUGAUUUUAUUUUUUACUAACACAAAGAUUCUGCCUCCUCAAGCAUACAGUGUAUAUCUCAUCUCUGCCAUAUUUGGGUACCCUUUCUUCUGAACUCUUUCCUCUGAGAGCAGUAUUGUGUGAGGGUUUGUGGGAGAGGUGACCUGUUUGUGUGUUCACAGGUACAAUAAAGAGUUGUGUUGUUGCCGCAGACUGUUGACUUGAAAUAGGGCUAUGCAACAAGACGACACUUCAUCUGCCCUGUAGCUUUACCCUCUGGAAUCUCCCGGUUCAGGCUUUAGUGCGACUGCGACCAAAUUUUACAUUUAUGUAUGAAGAGUUGUAAAUUGUAAAUGUAUCUUAUGAUGUACAGGUGACUGACAACACACACACACACACACACACACACACACUGAGGCACAAAUGUUAUCCGAGCGGAUAUAUGUGAUUCACAGGGGAUCUUUGAAGCUGGCGAGGUUGACUGCAUGACGCCGAACCCAGAUGGAAACCGCCCAAAACAUACAACUGUGUUCUCUUUCCAGACUUGGUUCAAGUUAUGUUUGAAAAUGUUUUGUGGGUGUUUUCUUUUUUAAUUUGCUUGGAAAGCCAGAUAAAUGGGAUUUACAAAGUGUUUUGAGUGUGAGGUUUUCUGUCAAUAACAAAAGGCUGAACUAACUAUGACGUGGUACGUGUAGACCUCUACAUGAGCCUCAAGGACCAGCAGUUUCGGGCCCGAGGCUAUAUUUGGCUUAGGUUUAUUGGAAAUACUCUUUCCCCCUCCCCACUGGGUAUGACAUAUCUACUGAUAGAAAAAGCCUCGUAAUAUGUUAUGAUUGUGUGGUUUUCAACAAAUCCCAUGAAAAGACCAACGCCAACAAUGUGUGAAUCUGUCAUUCAAUAUAUGCUUGUGGCAGUCAGCCCCAGGCCCAUUGGUUCCUAAUGGAAACAGAGAUCUUUCAAAAUAAAAAGGAAUCUUACCUCCAAGAAGAUGUCAGUAAUUUCCCACAACGGAGAACUGUAGUUUUUCUUUUUUUUUUAGCAAAUGUUACUUAAGCAGGAGUAAGUUGUGAUAAUAUUGUAAUAACCUGUCAUGGGACUACAGAUGGAAAUUAGCUCACUUGCUACUCUUGCACAUAGAGAGGUACACUGAAUUGUUGAUUAAUGUGCACUGUCUCUGGUAAACGCAUAAAUAUAUAUCGAUUUGUCAGGUACUAUUUUCACCUGUGGAUCGAUACUCAUUUGGUGCUCUAGUGUCUAUAUAAUGUGCAUUGAUUGAAAUACGCUACAGCGGCCCAUAUUCAUGGUGAUGGAGACACGUGUCCCUACUCCGGUUCCUACUGACGACGAACAACUUCAAAAAACAAAUUUAAAGUUUAAAUUAUUCUCAGUUAUUUCCCAAAUCGGCCUGGUUUUUGGCAAACAUUCAUACAGGUAAACGGUGCAUUUGUUGGGGACUAUUUUCAGCCGUGGAAUCAGAUGCUCCAGUCUUUAUUUUUGGGAAGGAGGACAGUGUAUGUGGGAUGGAUCCAAAUAAACUACGGGGUGUGUUCAGAGUAA